AUGCUUCCGUCACCCUUUCACCUAGCGCUUAUCAUAUCCUUACUUGUCCCAGCCUUCCUCGCAACACCCACUAAAGGCUGUGGUCGAGAUAUGCCCUCCGACCAAAUACUAGGUGAUCCUAGUUUUGAUAUGCCAUUUCAGCAAACCAAUGGUCGCGAUAGAACAUAUUUGAUACAUAUCCCUACCAAUUACGACCAAAAUACACCGUCUCCUCUAAUUUUUAGCUUUCAUGGUCGAACGCAGAAUUCUUCGUAUCAAGAGUCACUCUCAGGCUUCUCUCGCGAUGACUGGAACCCAGAUGCCAUUGUCGUGUAUCCCCAGGGUAUUGAGGAUCAAUGGCAGGGCGACCCCGAAUCGGUAGACGUUGACGAUGUCGCAUUCGUGUCGGAAAUGAUCGAUCUCUUCUCAGAAACCUACUGCCUCGAUAGUCGUCGCAUCUACGCAUCCGGAAAAUCGAAUGGCGGUGGCUUCGUCAACGUGCUGGCCUGUGACGCGAACCUCUCAAUGCGGAUAGCAGCUUUCGCACCCGUCUCAGCCGCCUUCUAUGUUCCAGGAAGUAUGGGUGCCGAUUGCACGGGGUCUAUCCCUCAGACCGUGGAAUUGCCUUGUACGCCGGGCAGAAACCCCAUUCCUAUCAUCGAGUUUCACGGACUCGCUGAUCAGACGAUUCCUUACGCUGGUGGUCCGCGUCGCGGUCUCUGUCUUCCAUCUAUACAACACUGGGCAGAAGCCUGGGCAGAACGCCAAGGCUUCGGCUCAGAGUAUAUAAGCUCCUUGCUAUAUGAUGGAAGCGUCACCAAGUUUGAGUACGCCCCCAAUACCCCGAAUCAAGGCAUCAUCACCCACUACGCCAUCGUCGGCUUGGACCACGACUGGCCUAACAUUAGCCCUAAUGCUGACAAUGCGAACGGCACAUACCUCGACGCAACUCCACUAAUUGUGGAUUUUUUUAAUGCAUAUACCUUGUAA